GCAGUCGCUUGCUGUUAGCUGUCACGGUAUAUUGUCUAUUGUAGUGUAGUGAAUACAUGAAAUCGUCCGACCCCGAAUCAUAAAACUCGCGGAUCGAUUGAAUUAUAACACAUACAAUUUAUUUAUAUCUUAGUUACUUCUAUAAUUAUUAGAUCGUGAUUAUACACUACUGUGUAGCGACUGAUUAGGCAAGCAGUGCCAAAGUAUUUAAUAGUUCUAUUUUUGUUAAUAAUUUUACCUUCUGAUUUGUGUUAUAAUCAGUAUUUGCUCUAUAUAAAACCUUAUAUAAGCUUGUCUGUAAUAAAUUUGAUAACCCUGAAAAAUACUGACCUAUAAUUUUUAUCAGUGCGUCAAUAUAAAAAUAAUUCCUUAAUUGCAUGUUACAAUAAUAUUUCCAGUGAGUAAUAAUAUACAUAUUGAAAAAAAAUUGUGUUUAGUUAUUCUGUAAGUGAAAAAUAUAAAAAUGGUGAAAGCAGUCGCGAUAAUCACAGUAAGUGAUAGUUGUUUUAAGGAUAAUUCAAAAGAUACAUCAGGACCUGCUUUGCUAAAAUUUAUAGAACAACAUUUCCCUGAAGCAAACAUUCAUACGAUAAUUGUCCCAGAUGAAAAAGAGAUUAUUGAGCGGGAAUUAAAAUAUUUUUGCGAUUCUCAUAUCGACCUUGUUCUUACAACUGGAGGUACAGGAUUAAGUCCUCGUGAUGUAACACCUGAAGCCACGAAGGCAGUACUUCACAAGGAAGUACCAGCUAUUGCUGUUGCAAUGACAAUUGCAAGUCUUAAGAAGACACCGAUGGCUAUGCUCUCUAGAGCUGUAGCGGGAAUAAGGGAUAGAACACUUAUCAUUAACUUUCCCGGCAGUAAGAAAGCAGUCACUGAAUGUAUAGAAGUUGUUAAACCUAUUCUUGGUCAUGGUAUAUCCCUUAUAACAAAUAAUUUGGCUAAUGUGAGAAUUGUUCAUGAUAAAUUACAAUCGGACCAUACUUGUUCCCAUAUGAGGAACACUAAUGUAGAUAUAUCAAAGGUUGCUCUAAGACCUCGCCAAUCACCCUUUCCUAUGUUGGAAAUGGUUGAGGCUUUUAACAUUGUUGAUGCUGUGAUGAUGCAAUGGGUAGAGCGUACGGAAACUGUAUCUAUAGAAGAUAGUGCUGGCUGUGUUGUGGCUCAAGACAUAAUAGCUAGGGAACCUAUGCCACCUUUUCCAGCAUCAGUUAAGGAUGGUUAUGCAUGCCUCAGUCUGGACGGAGUUGGUAAACGUAGAGUGCAGGCAGUGGUUGCAGCGGGAGAUACUCCUCUCAGUCCACUAACACGUGGGCAGUGUGCUCGUGUCAACACAGGGGCUCCCCUACCACUUGGCGCUGAUUGUGUUGUACAGGUGGAAGAUACAAAACUUAUUCAGGCAUCAGCGGAUAACCAGACGGAGUUAGAGGUGGAGAUUCUGGUGGCGCCGAAACCACACCAGGAUGUGAGACCUAUAGGAUUUGAUAUACCCUUGGGCUCUCUGCUCGUUGAAAAAGGUGACGUCAUCGACGCCGCUAAAAUUGGUAUUUUGGCUGGGGCCGGAUAUCAGGAGAUCACAGUAGUCGAACAUCCUAAGGUAGGAAUUAUGUCUACCGGAAACGAGUUACAGGAGCCGUCGGAUUCUUUCCUUCGUCCCUCACAUAUAAGGGAUUCGAACAGAAUUAUGAUUAAAUCAUUGCUCAAGGAGCACGGAUUUGAAAGCAUCGACUGCGGGAUCGCCCGCGACCAUCCUGGCGAACUUUCGCAUGCGCUCGAGAACGCGCUCGCCGUCUGCGACGUUCUCGUCUGUACGGGGGGAGUGUCGAUGGGUGAGAGGGACCUGCUCAAACCCGUGCUCAUUAAAGACUUCAACGCGACCGUGCAUUUCGGACGCGUCCGCAUGAAGCCUGGUAAACCGAGCACGUUCGCGACAUGCAAGUAUGAAGGGAGGACCAAAUUCAUAUUCGCACUGCCCGGUAACCCUGUAUCAGCGUACGUGUGCUGUCUCCUGUUGGUGGUGCGAGCUCUGCGUCAGUGUACGCGGUACAGCGGCGAGUGGGCGCGGCUUGGAGUGAAACUCGCGCGUGACAUCACACUGGAUCCUCGCCCGGAGUACGCUCGAGCUCAGCUCAGCUUUCCGGACAUACAGGAUCUACCCGUCGCUACACUACUCGGAAAUCAGUGCAGCAGCCGUCUGCUGAGUGCCUGCGGAGCCAACGUUCUAUUGGAAUUGCCGGGAGCCACCCCUGAAUGCCCCAUGUUAGCAGCUGGUUCCGUAGUGCCAGCUCUGCUCACGGGACGGAUUGAUCUCCCUAGACUUUAAGUCGUCAUAUAAUCUUGUCUUUUAUACUUCAUAAUCAUAUAUCAUAUAUGUUUGACAUAUUUAUUCAUGGAUCUGAAUAGUUUUAGAUUUGCAUAAAAUAAUCACUAAUUCAAUGUUUUUUAAACUUCAUAUUACUGUUAGUAUUAAAAUGAAAUUAAUCAAUUAUAUAUCCGAUUGAUUUCAUUCAACUAGAUUUUAGGAAAAUAUUACACAUUCCAAAAAAAGAAAAAAAAAACAAGGCAAUCGGUAUAUCAUAUUCCUAAUACUAUAUUAUUAAUGAGUUAAAAACAUUCAUGGGGUAAAUUUUAAUGACAACGACUUAUCUGGCUUAUUAACGUCACGAGGAAUCCAAAAUUUUUGCUUAAUAGAUAUUAUGUCUUACUUCCGAAAAAAUAUAUAAAACAUAUUUAUAAACUUUAUUUUAAUCUACAAAAUUUACACAGCAAAAUUAUUAUUUUUGAUGAAAAUAUGUUACAUUGCGUAGAAAGACAAAUUUUAUAUCCAAUGUGUAAUUCAUGUUUAUAAAUAAACAGAUCUUAUAGCAAUCCACUAAAGGCUUUUAUUGUAAAAUUUCUGUUAUCAGUGAUGGUGACACAAAAGAUUCUUUAUAAAUUAUAUUUAGCAUCCACAUCAAAAUACACGACACUGACUGAAGAGUUUGUUACCUCAGUUCACAAUAUAAAAUAUUAAAAACCAAUGACGACAUUGUCAUUAGACGACCCUUUGAACUUCAAAGAACCUCUUGAGGUAGUAGACUUGUCCGAGGGUCAUCACAAGUAAUACUGAAGCCUCGAAAA